AUUUCUACCAACGUGAACCGUAGACACUGAGACACUCCACGAUCAUAGUAUUCUCGGUGUGUAAAUGGUGGCGCUGUUUCCUCACAAGCUGAUUGAUUAUUAAGUGGGUAGCCUGUAUACAUUACUGCCCUGCUGCGUCUGUUCAUUCGUUCACAAUCUUAUUGUUCCGGCGAUUUCGAUAUGAACUCCUGGUCAUCGUACAGCAGCGGCCGACUGGGUCGGAAUAGCUCGGGAUCGCCAAAAUUCGCAGGAUAUACACGCAACGGAUAUGACAGGACUACAGAAAAAGAGGAGCCGUCUGCCUCGCCACUUUCCAGAGACCGGGACUUCCGCUCAUCGGGCAGGUCUACCGAUUACACCAGCCGGUCUACCGAGUUAUCUAGCAGCAGAAGCGAGUAUUCCAGCCGCGUCGGCGAUCUCGGCACCGCUACUCGCGAUCUAAACAAUCACGGCCGAUCCAGCUCGACUACAUCUGUGUCGUCAUCGAUGUCGUCAUUGGCAGACAAAGAUUCAAGAGAGUACGUCGGCUUCGCAACGCUACCCGAUCAAGUUCACCGCAAAUCGGUGAAAAAAGGAUUCGAGUUUACGUUAAUGGUAGUAGGUGAAUCUGGUCUAGGAAAAUCGACACUGGUAAACAGUCUGUUUCUUACAGAUCUCUACAAAGACAGAAUUUUGCCCAGCGCAGAAGAACGCAUCAGUAAAACCGUACUCAUACAGAAGUCAACAGUAGAGAUAGAGGAACAAGGAAUCAAAUUAAGAUUGAAUGUUGUCGACACUCCGGGUUUUGGCGAUACCGUCGAUGGGUCUGAAUCAUGGAAGCCUAUAAAAGACUACAUUGAUAAACAAUAUGAACAAUAUUUUCAAGACGAGAGUGGUUUGAAUCGUAAGAAUAUCGUAGACAACAGAGUACAUUGCUGUUUGUAUUUUAUAUCGCCAUAUGGAAGAGGGUUACGACCCAUCGAUGUAGAAUUCAUGAAACAGCUACACACCAAAGUGAAUAUAGUCCCAGUCAUCGCUAAAGCAGACUGUUUGACGCCACUGGAAGUGCAGACGCUGAAGAGAAGGAUUCUGGACGAUCUCGAUGUUCACGGGAUUCAGAUCUAUGAAUUUCCAGACUGUGAUUCAGACGAAGAUGAAGAUUUCAAACAACAAGACAAAGAACUCAAGGCGAGUACACCCUUUGCUGUGAUUGGUAGCAAUACUAUAGUAGAAGCCAAUGGUAAACGAGUCCGAGGCAGACUUUACCCAUGGGGCAUAGUAGAAGUUGAAAAUCCAAAACACUGCGAUUUCGUGAAGUUACGUAAUAUGCUUAUAAGAACUCAUAUGCACGAUUUAAAGGAAGUGACGUGUGAUAUACAUUACGAGAAUUAUCGACUCCAGCGUAUAAAGACAACUGGUCACCCAUUUAAUCCGGUUAACGCACGUGACAGGAAUAAACUCAAGAGAGACUCUGCUGCAAGUUACGAUGGAGAGACGGACCGUUUAUUGUUAGAAAAAGACGAAGAAAUCAAGAGAAUGCAAGACAUGUUACAGCGAAUGCAGGAUCAAAUGAAAUCACAAGGAAUGAACAACAACAAUAACAACAGAAAACCAAACGGCAGAGUGUCAUCCAGGGACCUAUAAAUCAGUCAACUAUGCGCGCACAGCUUACAUACUCUGACGUAACGGGCAGUUUUCCAUAUUCGGCAAUCUCUAAGUUUCGCAAUAAUCACGUGACUCUUGUAGUGCUUUCGAUUUUUAGAAACUGAAACAAAUCGUCACCAAUUUGUGACUUGAGUAAAACUCCAACGUUUUUGGAAUAGGGGAUUUUCCAUUCAAUGCGAGAUCUCGCGUAUUGUGUGAAAGGCGCGCGCCGAACGAUUUGAUUUUGAAUUUAAGUUUCGUUUUUAUAGCUCAGUAUCAAAAUGCCGAUUUCUGAAAAAGGGGAUAUUGUACUGUAGAUAUACCCCAACAUACUUUUAUGUUUGUUGAAUCCCACGCGAUGUUUAACGUCAUUACUACGAUGCGACCUUUGUUUGUUCAGCUUUUACGUCAGAUUUCGCGCAUAACGUGAGAUCUCGCUGCGAAUAGGAAAUGUUUUAUUAAAAUAAUUCAGAACAUGAAGUCUCGCCAUAAUACUAUCCCUGAAAACGUUCUUCCCAAAUAUUCAGCUCUUAUACCGCCACCAGCGAUCAAAGUCGUUAUUCCAGCUAUGAACAUUGGAUGUAAAUUAAAGCGGGAGGGUCGUCACCUGCGCACGCGCGGGAAUUGAGUCCCAAGCGACAAUAACAACACACGCUAAAACGCAAAGGCUCAUGGGUAGACGCUUGUUUGUAAACAAUGUCAUGCUAUGACCAU